CGGCGGAGACGACGACGACGACGGCAGCACUUUUCCCACUCUAAGCCCGAGGCUGGCCGGCUUUGCAGACGGGAGCAAGGUCAGCUCCCAGCCAGAGGAGGAGGAGCGGGGAAAUCAGGCUGGGCCGAUCCACCCCGCUCCGCAAUAUCCCUCAACCCCAUCCCGACUUUCGCCUUCUUCUGGCGGCCCCUGAGGGCGCCGCGUUAGAGACCCGAGGCCGUUUCUGAGCGUGCGCAAAACCCUUCCUCGCGCAUGCUCCCUGCGCGCGGAGCUGCAAAUUCUGGAGGAUAACAGAUUCUGAAACAUCCGACGGGCGGACUUAACCCGGCCGCCCCUGUGGCGGCGGCAGCGGCGGGGCGGCAAACGCUCGCCCAGCCCCGGACUGAGCGGCCCCCGCCACAAUCAUGUCGCCUAAUCCAAGGACGCCGGGUCACUGAAGAGCCAUGGGCGAGCGGUCCAUUCCGGCUGGCCGGCGGACCCAGCUCAUCUCCUUGCUGGUGCUGGAGCAGCGCGCCCAGGAGGUCACCUUAGACCGGGAGCUGGGGCUCUUGGCGUGGCGGAGCUUGGAGCCGCAGCUGCGCAGGGGGCAAGAGAGUUAUGCUGUGCCCAUUUCUGAGAUCAUUGCUGUUGAGGGGAAAGAAAGGGAGGCGAAACAAUCUCAUCCUGGAAGAUGGCAGAAAAUGGCAAAGCCUCAUGCGUUCACCGUGUAUUACAUAAAGAGGGCACAGCAUCACCGCUGGCGGUGCAGCGAAGUGACUUUCUGGUGCAUUGAUGAACAUCUGUGUAAUCAAUGGAUAUGUACACUGAGGGAACUACUUGAUUUACAGACCUCCAGACCAAAGCGCUUGCUUGUAUAUAUUAAUCCACACAGUGGAAAAUCACAAGGAGAAAAAAUAUACGAACAAAAAGUGGCUCCAUUGUUUAGUCUGGCUUCCAUCUCUACUGAUGUUAUAGUCACCGAACAUGCCAAUCAUGCUAAGGAUAACUUACUUGAAAUUCAUCUGGAGAAAUACGAUGGUGUUGUUUGUGUUGGUGGGGACGGAAUGUUCAGUGAAGUGAUACAUGGUCUAAUUGGAAGAUCUCAGAAGGAUUCGGGCAUAGAUCAAAAUAAUCCCAAAGCACAAUUAGUCCAAUGCUGUCUCAGGAUUGGCAUAAUUCCUGCUGGUUCGACCGAUUGCAUAUGCUAUGCAACAGUUGGCAUCAAUGAUCCAGUAACAUCUGCAUUACAUAUCAUUGUGGGAGAUAAUCAACCUCUGGAUGUUUGUUCAGUACAUCGCAAUAAUACAUUUCUGAAAUACUGUGUAUCACUACUGGGAUAUGGUUUUUAUGGAGAUGUAUUAAAAGACAGUGAACAGAAACGCUGGAUGGGCCCUGCCAGAUAUGACUUCUCAGGUUUCAAGACUUUCCUCUCCCAUCAUUACUAUGAGGGGACAGUAUCUCUCUUGCCAGCAGCACACUCCAUGGGUUCUCCAAGAGAUAAGAAACCCUGCAGAACUGGGUGCCGGAUUUGCAAGCAAAGUAAACUACAGCUGGAGAAAGAUCAGAAGAAGACGGAAAAGGAGAUUAAAAGGGAUGAGGAAGGAGAAUGGAAAGUUAUUAGAGGGAAGUUUCUAGCCAUCAAUGCUGUGAACAUCAGCUGUGCCUGUCCACGGAGUCCUAAAGGCCUUUCGCCAGCUGCUCACCUGGCAGAUGGCUCUGCAGACCUCAUUCUAGUCCGUAAAUGUUCCCGGUUAAACUUUUUAAGAUACCUCUUAAGGCAUACAAACCAGCAUGAUCAGUUUGAUUUCAGCUUUGUAGAGGUUUAUCGGAUUAAAAAGUUUCGUUUUACAUCAAAACAUUUUGAUGAUGGUGACAAUGAUGACCAGGGUAUGCGGAAAAAACACUUUGGUCAGUUCUGUAGAGACCACCCAGCUUGCUGCUGUCUCCCCCCCAGCAGUACCUGGAACUGUGAUGGAGAGACCCUGGAUUGUUCAACUAUUGAAGUCAAAGUUCACUGCCAAUUAAUUAAACUCUUUGCAAGAGGAAUAGAAAAGAAUCACAAACCUGAAUCACCUUACAAGCAACUUACCUGAACAAUUAAUUUAAAUCAACACUGCAAGAACAUGAAGGUAAAAAAGGCAACGCAAAGACAAGCAUUUCUGGCAUGUUAAUAAAUGUUUUUAAACUUUAUUUUUCUGGUCAAAUUUUAAUUUUGGAUAGAUUUUUUUUCAGUUAAUGUCUUCAAAGAAAGUGGAUUAUUUUAAAUUAUUUUAUGCUAGGGCAGUGAAGAAGAUUUUUGUCUUAUAUUUUCUUCCUUUUGUUAUGAAAGGAUUCUGUUUUCUCUGCUGUGUUUCUAAGCUGGAUGGUCCUUCUCUUAAAUCAAAUUAUUAUUAGUAUGGUCCAUCGCACAGUUAGCCAGAUGUUCAGACUGAAUUUGCAUUUUUGUCCACCUAUCUAUUUCUUCCCAAGGACCUGGGAUAGGCAGAUGUGGAUGUUUGAUGUUGUUAGAGAUAUUGUCGCAGGUUAUAAGCUGUUCUGAGCAAAGUUGCCUUUUGCAAUUGACUAUUGUCUGUUCACAACAAUGUGAAGUCACAGUUGCCAGCUCUUUAAUUGAUGCUGCCCUUCAUUCGAAUUGAGUUCUUCUGAUGCUUAUUAUUAUUUAGGCUUAAAAAUGUAGAGCAGGGCUGUCAAACUCACAGCCUGCGGGCCAGAUGUGUCGCGUGCUGGCCACGCCCACACCCGGUUUAGCGAAAGGGGGGAAGUCCCAAUACGUCAUGUGACGACGUGAGUUUGACUCCCCUGAGCUAGAGGCACAGUUCUCUUUAUCUCCUUCCAAUAUAGUAUCAAGAGUGGAUUGGUGAAAGAGAAAUGGAAGCAUGUACAAUUCUCCAACCUGCUCAAUUGCCUACAUGAAUGUUCAUCCAUUCAUGUGUAUAGAAUUCUUUGUUACUUAUGGCUACUAGAUGAAUGGCAAGUUGUUAAAGGCAAGCCUGCAGAUUUGGUACAAAUUUUGCCGUUGAUGUCAGGAGAAGGGAUUAUAAUGUACGUUUGCCCCCUUGAGUUACUUACAAAGUAAUAAAGAGGGCAUUUUAAAAAAUCAAAUAUAUAUGGUUUUGAAUUAUAAUGCAAAUAAUGUGCAUUCUGCUUGCAGCAGAGGCUAAUGAAACUUUUUAUUCUUUUAAAGCGAUUUUGAAUCACGAUGUAUGAUUUAAAGACAUUUAAAAUAUGAUAGUAUCCUAUCAUUAAUCUUGUUUUCUCCUGAAAUGACCAUACACUCAUUGAUUGUUCGAGCUAGUUUGCAUUAGCAACUCAACGCAGUCCAAAUGCACAUUCUGGGUUGCAAGUAAUAGCAAACAUCUUAUAUAUAUUAUGUCAUAUAAUGGGCCCAUUUCUGGACUUCUGGAACUUUUAAGGCCCGUUUUUCGUCUUCCCAGAACCUCCGCGCAGGCCCUGCACUUAACUGGCAUCCAAAACGGGCUGCAUGGAGACUGGGGAGGGCAGGGGAGGGGUGAGCGGGUUCAGCCAGUCCUUGCAACAACCAGUUCAACAAACCAGAUUAAAAUUAACAUCCGGUUCUCCUGAACCGGCUGAAUCCCACCCCUGGAUAAGCCCCUCAGAUGAUGCAGGAACAAAAAUGGGCAGGAUAGAAGCGUAUGGUACUCCAUAGAGAAGACUCACAGAACUUCCAUGCUCCUAUAAUUGGGACAGUUCUGUACACAGUAUCUGGAAUGUUUUAUCCUGCCUCUUCCUUCAUCCUUUUUCACGGUUCCCUAAAUUGCUUCUGCCUCUCCCCUUACAUGAAUGGAGCAGCAGCUUUUGGAUACCAGCCAGUGUUUCUUCCCAACCAAAGGUUUUCUGUGCAAUCAAUAGAACAGUGUUGUUGUUUUUCUCAAACUUGGCACUUUCAGAAUGCUGACUAGGGAAUUCUGGGAAAUGAAGUCCGCACAUCAUAAAUUGCCAAGUUUUAGAAACAUUGCAAUAGAAUCAAGGGACAGAAUUCAUUUGCUGAUGCAUUUUUUCAGGGAUAGCUGAAAAUGCAACUUGUUUCACGUAGACUACUAAUGUAAUUAGACAGAGCUGCCUUGUUACUUUUACCAAUUGGUAGGCUACUUAAUUUUUAAUUUGAUAUUGUUAAAUUUCUUUGGAAUUUAUUUAAAUGAGUACAGUAUUUAUACUGUACAGGAGCUCACUUUUUCUCUGAAAAGAAAAAAAUAAUAAUCUGGAUGUUACCAAUUCAUAUUAUAUGUGUAUAAUCAAUUGCAUGUUUAAAUUAAUCCCUUCCGAAACAGUGUUUUUUAUAUCUAGCAUAUCAAAGAGAAACCUAGAUUAAUUUCUGAUAUGCUAGGUUUCUUCUUGCAUGCAAAGCAACUGAUUCUACAUUUCUAGCCUGAACUGUGUCUAGUAAAUAAACUAGACUUAUUUGCUGAUAAAUAAACUGGCCAGAAGGUGUUAGUAUCGCCUUCUAUAUGAUUUUGUAAUGACCAAACAAUAAAUGUUUAGACUGCGUCUAAUAGCUGAUUAAAGAAAUUACUUAAUUCAUAUAGAAUUUAACAGGUGGGUUGCUGUAUUUAUUUUGAUACUCUGGAUUGAUACAUGAUAUUGUGGAAUUUCAUUGCCACUGCUAUAAUCAUACAUUCUCUUUGUCAGGGACUUUGUGUUUAAAGAAAAAAAAAAUAGGAAUUUUCCAUAGAAGCUUGCAAAGAUAAUGAAAAUCUAUUCAUACCCUUUGUAGAAACUUUGUGUAUUAUUUGGACCAAACUUUUGCUUUGUUCUGCUAUCUUUGAAUUUGUGUAACUUUCUUUUUUCUUCUAUGUCUGUGCUUUUCUUGAGAAUGUUCCAUUUCACCAUUUUACCAUCAGUCCAUUUACAAGGAAGCAAAUCCUGUUGAAUUCAGUGGGAGCCAAUUUCCAUUUAAAUGUAUACAAUUCAUUGUAAGAAUUGCAGGAUUCCUUGUAUUUUCUUAGAUGUCUAUAAUAUCCAGUUGACAUAAAUGUAAUGUUUGAUAAUAAAUCACUGCUCCAUCACGUUCAUCCGUACACAUCAAUAAUGAUAAACUACUGCUCAGUGAAGAUAUUUCUACAAUUUUCAUAAGUUCUUUCAGUAAUUUGUGGUAUAGCACCCAGAAACAACCCAGUUAUUUCAAUGAAAUGUUUCUCCUGAACUCUAUACAUUAGUUACUGUUCCAGGGUCCCCAACCCCAAAAUUAAUUGCUUGGAAAAUGGUCCAGCUGAUAUUAUAUUUAGCUGCUAGACACAUGACUAGACAACUAAGUUAUUACCAUCAAAAACAUUUGUAUAACUCAUAUCUAAAUUAUGUCAUUAUUUCUUUUGCCAACUUUGGUUAUACGGUAAAGCUCCAAAGCUUAUUUUCCAUCCAUUUAAAUGAAUAAAAUAUCUCUGUUGGAUAUUUCUUUAUACCCAAUGCAGCUUGACUGGAAUUUUACUGAAAUGGAGGCCUGGUUUUGGAAACAUUUUUGUUCAAUGUACAUUCCAUAAAUAUUCAUAUUUUCCAUGCGUAUAGAUUACAUGAGCUUCCCAGAUAAGUUUGUAAUUAUUAACUGUAGUUUCUGGUCUUCAUCAGGAUGAUCUAUGCCGUCAACAUUAAUGUUAUCUUGACUAAAAGAAAAUUGCUCUGUUCUCUAACAUGUUAUAGAAUAGCUUUGAUGUUGAUUGGUAUCCCAUCAAUUUUUUUCAAAAAGGUUUUUUUUUUUUUGCCAGCAGAAAGAUGAAUUGUGUAGUAACAAAUACUUCCUAGAAAAUGUUCCAAGAAUAGGAACAGAUCAAAAAGUAUGACUAUCCUAAAUUUACAAUUAUUAAGUUUUGUAACAGAAUCAGUAACAUUAAAAAAACUUAAUAACCAAGCUACUUAAAGGUUGACUUGUGGUAAUUUUACAAUUAUAAAGUUAGCAUGAGGUAAUCUGCUGAAAUAGGUUUCUGAGUUGAGGACAUUAUUAUAUUAAUAGACACUUUUAUUAAGACUGAUCAACAUAUUCGUGUAGCUGACCAGACCUUAUAUUGUCAGCAACAUUCUGUGUCACCCAGAACCUAGUUAUAGCUGUAAAAAAGCGACUUUUCAAAAUCAGAAAACAAAUGAGACUAUCCAGCAUAGUUGUGAAAUCAUGGUAAAUAUAGACAUUGGAGUAACAACUCUGUUUCCUCUAAUUGUUACAAAGCACAAUUCAUGCUUCAGAUAAUGCAUUAAGUAUUAUUAUAAUGCAUUAAGUCUUAUUAUAAAGCAAUUUCUCUGUAUAUGGAAUGCAAUCCUAUGAAUGCUGAUUUGAGAGUAACCCCAUUAAACUAGCUGGGGUUUGGUGCUUAGUAAAUGUACAAAGACAUACUCUAUCUGACUUUUUAAAGCUUAGUUUGAAAGUAGAAUCAGUAUUCUUAAUAUGUCUAUGUUUGGUAGGAAGCUCCAUGUUGCCAUGGGGAUGAAUUUAUCAGUCUUGCUGGUUUCAAGAUUGAAAUGCAACUUUUUGUUUUUAAACUGAAAAUAUUUCUGGAAAUAAAAUUAUACUGCAGAUGU